GGAGUUCCUCCUCCCUCCUCUCCCCUCCCCCCCUCUCCCCACCCAGCCCCUGUUCCCCUCACCACCUCCUCCUCUCUGACUCACUGUCCUGAACUCGACCUGUCCGUCGUACUCAGCCCUGCUCCCAAGACGGGACAUGCACACAUAAAGACGUGUCAGAAGAGCAACCGUUCACCCCCAAAGCCCCAUCCAAGAAAACAGACUGGAAAAAAGAGAAACGCAAAGGUGUGUUUUGUAGAACCAGUGGCUGUCAGAGUUACAGCAGAGCCUCAUGUCGCAGUGAGCAGCGAUGCCUUGUGUCAUGAGCCAUUCAGGGGUCAGAGGAAGAGCAGAGGAUAUCACCAUGUCUCCAGACAGAGCAGAUCAGUGGAGCCUCCUGCUGCAGAAUCUAUUCAAGAUCCAGGCUAUCUGGAAAAGGCAGAGAUGAACACCACUCUGGCUUUGAAGGCAGAGCUUCAAUCAGUGCAGGGAGCAGAGUUUAACCCCCAGAAGGCCAUUAAGGAGACAUUGCAGAGGUCAGAGAAGACUAAAAACCUGAUCAAUAUCAGAGCUACUGAAGUUGUGAACGUCUCUCGCUCUCGGCAUCUCUUCACCUCACUGAUCAGCGUCAGUGUGGAGCAGGAUGAGCUGAUCAGCCAGGCAGUGCAGGAGAGGCUGCUGCUGGCCCCGUCCCAACACCACGACAGGACAGCAGAUGGCCCCUCGCUGCUCCCCUUCAUGACCCCCGGCCUGUUCAGACAGAGGCCCCUCCCACCAGAUGAGGAGCCCGUCGACUCCGACCCUCGCCCAUGCACCUGGCCUGCACACUCAACCUUUGACCUCUACAAACGACAGAGACGCUGGGAGGCCACACCCUGACGAUGGAUGUAUUUUACAAACCGAAUGCUUGUCUCAAUAUUUAAAUUAUGGUCAUCUGCUUAACUCCUAUAAAAUUAGUUUUGUCUAAUAAAAUCUCUAUAAAAUAUUA